AUGCCAACGAUCAGUCCUGCUUCAGGGGUCGUCCUAGCCCUCCUGGCGAAUAUUUCUUGGAUCGCUGCGCAAAGCGACUAUCAAUGGCCAGCGUAUCGACCUUUGGAAUACGCUACCCCAGUGCCAAACCCCGCGACAACGUCGACCUUCGCGCUGCCCUAUUCUCAGCUUUCGGGUCUGAUAGACCCGCGUUCAACAACAACGUGGGACUCUCCUGACUCAACUCCGACCGAUCACGGUAUCGAAUACGGUAACGCAGCUUUAUCAUCUUUGUGGGCGCCCAUUCCCGUCUCAUCGCCUCCGUUCACAACGACGGUUUCCCCGACCCCAAUCCCAAGCAGCGAGCUGAUCAAGCCACCGCCUUUACCCAUCGCACCUACUCUAUCAUUAAAUGACAGCCUCAAGUUUCCAGCCGAUUUUCAGUGGGGAUUCGCUGGUGCUGCUCUCCAAAUCGAAGGGGCAACCAAGAAUGAAGGUCGUGGACCCAGUGCGUGGGAGAACCGUAUGCGAGGCAACUUCUCUUCCUCUGGAGAGAACGCAGGACCACCAGACAUCGCAACGAUGAACUACUACCUCUACAAGCAGGACAUCGCUCGUCUCGCAGCCGUUGGUGUGCAAUCGUACAGCUUCAGCAUCUCAUGGUCGCGUAUCGUGCCUUUCGGCACAGCCGGAUCGCCGAUCAACAAAGAGGCUAUCGAUCAUUACGAUGACCUCAUUGACACAGUGAUCAGCUACGGGAUGAAACCAGUGGUGACAUUGUACCACUUCGACACACCCGCCACCUUGCAGUCUAACACCUCAUUCUUUUCAUACGACCACCCGGACUUCAUCGAUAGCUUCGUCUACUACGCUCAAACUGUGUUGGUCCACUUUUCUGACCGUGUCGGCACGUGGUACACCUUCAAUGAACCGACCAUCGAACCCAGUAUUUCUGGCUCUUGGGUCACCAGUCGCUAUGUUCUGGAAGCACACGCCAAAGUCGUCCGUUGGUACCGAGAUGUCAUCAAAGGCGAUGCACUCUGGAGCAUGAAGUUCGAUCUCACCGACACAGGCUUUGCGCUUCCACUCGACCCAUCGAAUGCCCCGGAUGUGGCUGCUGCUGUGCGGCGCAACGAGUUCACAGUCGGGUACUUUGCCCGUCCCCUGUUUUUGGGCGAGAAUCCACCGCAGUCAAUGGUGGAGACUGUCGGCGAUAAGGUUCCGACUUACACGGAUGAAGAGCUUGAGUUCUUCAAUGGAACUGCCGACUUCUUUGCCUUUGACAUUUACACCGCGACAUAUCACUCUGAGCCAGAAGGAGGCUUCACCGCAUGUGCUGCAAACCCGGAGAAUGCCCUGUAUCCGCAGUGCACAGUGCCAUCCAGAACUAGAGGUUUAUGGGAAGCGAACUUCCAGGGAAACCCCGACCGCAUCGCCGUGCCCGCUGAGCAUGUUCGCGCCAUGCUCGGUUUCUGGCAGGCAACUUAUCCCACCAAAGGGGGAAUUACUAUUGCUGAAUUCGGUCUGCCUGCGUACAAGGCGGCUAACAUGUCAACACAGCAUAUCCAGAACGACCUCGCCCAGUCCAACUUUUACGUACCAAUCCUUGCAGAGGUUUUGAAGGCCAUCAACCUUGACGGUAUUCACGUAAAGGGGUUAUACGGGUGGUCGUUUCUCGAUAACUGGGAAUGGGGCCAGUACAAUGACAAAUACGGUGUUCAGGGCUUCAACGCUACCACUCAAGAGCGGUUUUACAAGAGAGCCAUCUUUGACUAUGCCGGGUUUAUCCAGGAUCACAUGGAGGAGUAA